AGGAACUGUGCUGAAAGCUGCUGUCGGCUGUCUCUGAGCCUAAGAGAAAGGGAAGUGAGGCAGGCCUGGGCCUUCCCUUCCUGCUAAAAAUAGGCCCCAGGUCUGCAAAGGAUAGCAAGGGGUAGGCGGGUGUUUCCGGAAUCAUGCUGCUUUGCCCUACAGUGGCCUGUGCCUUGGAGGGGUACCCACAAAGCAGGAGGAAGACCAGAGGUUGGCAACGCUCGCAGGGGAGGUAAAGAAAUCCGUCGAGCGGCUGGUGGAGGUGAGGUCUUCAACCGCUGCGCAAGCAGAAGCUGGUGGUCCCGGGCCUACGGGACACAGCAAUUCCCAGGCUCCCAGCGAGGUUCAAAGGGAGAAGCGUGGAAAAAUGGAUGAAUGUCUUGAAACCCUGAAGGAUGAAGAGGAAGCUCUGUGGGAGAACGUUGAAUGCAAUCGUCACAUGCUGACCCGUUACAUCAAUCCUGCCAAGCUGACCCCUUAUUUGCGUCAGUGCAAAGUUAUUGAUGAGCAAGAUGAGGAUGAGGUCCUCAACUCCCCAAUGCUCCUCUCCAAAAUCAACCGAGCUGGUCGUUUGCUGGACAUCCUUCAUACGAAAGGAGAAAGGGGCUAUGUGGUUUUCUUAGAAAGCCUUGAAUUUUACUAUCCCGAACUCUACAAAUUAGUGACGGGGAAGGAACCCACACGACGUUUCUCCACUAUUGUUGUAGAAGAGGGACAUGAGGGGCUCACUCACUUUCUGAUGAACGAGAUCAUAAAGCUGCAGCAGCAGGUCAAAACGAAGGACGCCCAGCGCUGCGAGCUCUUAGCCAAAUCUCGCCAGAUGGAGGACGAGAGGAAGCAGCUGAAGCUCAACAAGAUUGAGCUGCUGACGUUCCAGGAGAGGUACCACAAAAUGAAGGAAGAGAGGAACAACUACAACGACGAGCUUGUCAAGGUGAAGGACGAAAACUACAACCUGGCAAUGAGGUACGCCCAGCUCAGCGAAGAGAAGAACAUGGCGGUGAUGAGAAGCCGAGACCUUCAGCUGGAGAUUGACAAGCUGAAACACAGGUUGAAUAAAGUGGAGGAAGAAUGCAAACUGGAGAGGAACCAGUCUCUGAAGCUCAAAAAUGAUAUCGAAAACCGACCGAAGAAGGAACAAGUUCUGGAACUUGAGCGCGAGAACGAAAUGCUAAAGACCAAAAUGCAGGAGCUGCAGUCUAUAAUCCAGGCUGGGAAGCCUAGCUUGCCAGAUUCCGACAAAGCCAUUUUGGAUAUCCUAGAACAUGACCGCAAAGAAGCUCUUGAGGACCGCCAGGAGUUGGUCAACAGGAUCUUUAAUCUCCAGGAAGAGAUCCGUCAUGCAGAAGACCUCAGGGAUAAGUAUCUUGAGGAGAAACAAGAAUUGGAGUUAAAAUGCUCGACUCUGGGGAAAGACUGUGAGAUGUACAAGCACCGCAUGAACACGGUCAUGAUACAGCUGGAGGAGGUGGAGAAGGAGAGAGAUCAGGCAUUCCAUUCACGUGACGAGGCCCAAAUACAGUAUUCCCAAUGCCUGAUCGAGAAGGACAAGCACCGGAAGCAGAUUCGGGAACUGGAGGAAAAAAACAACGAUCUGCGGAUCGAAAUGGUCCGGAAGGAAACCAGCAUCAUCAACCUGGAAUGCAAACUCAGGCGCCUCUCGAAGGACAACGGUUACGACCAGAGUUUACCACGGAACUUGCCACUCACUGUGAUUUCUCAGAUGCUAGAAACUCCCAGACCCAAAACAAAUGGCCAGGAAGCAGAUGAUUCCUCAACUUCUGAAGAGUCCCCGGAAGACAGCAAAUUCUUUCCUUUGGAUCCACCCCAGUUCAGAAGAAGAUUAAAUAUUAAGGGCUUCCAGCAGCCAAGAACAAAAUCCCCCAUCAGUAUGAAUAAGGCAUCCGAUGUUCAAGCAGUUCAAGGCCACGAGGAAGACAAGAAUGAUGCCAGCCACAGCCACACGGAAGCUUCUUCUCACCCCAUGUCCAUCAACAAAUCGGUGGGCAGCUGCGAAGUUAGCAAAAUUCAAACCCUGAGAUAUCGCUGCGCCAGCAUUAUGUCCACUACCCCGGAGCCUCCAGGGAAUGACUCUAUCGUCCGACGUAACAAGGAUGUCCCUCACUCCAGCUUGACUGAAGAAGACGACAGCUUUGGCUGCGAUGCUCUGGAAUUAGAAGAUGAUGUCCCUGACAGGUACUCCUCACUACCUUCCUCUUCAUCUUCCCACCAUUCUGAAGGGCUGGACCUGGAACAAGUCAAUUCCAUUUUCAGGAAGUUCUCCCUGGAAAGGCCCUUCCGCCCCUCUGUGACAUCUGUUGGACGCCUCCACAACGCCUUCCAUGCCGUCCAGCAAAUAGUCGUCAAUGGGGACAGUCUGAGCUCAGAGAUCACUCUCCUGGGAGGGAACGUCAAAGGAAGCUUUGUCCACUCAGUGAAGCUGAACUCCCCAGCGGAGAAGGCUGGUCUCCGGGAAGGGUACCAAUUGCUUCUGGUGGAGGGGUGCAUCAGAGGAGAAAAUAUGAGUGUUCCCCUGGACACUUGUACAAAGGAAGAAAUUCACUGGACAGUUCAGAGAUGUAGUGGACCAGUUACUCUGCACUGUAAGCCAAACCAUGAAGGUUAUCGGAAGCUGCUUUCGGAAAUGGAGGAAGGGCUGAUCACCUCGGGGGACUCCUUCUACAUCCGGCUGAACCUGAGCAUCUCCAGCCACCUGGACUGCUGCUCCCUUUCGGUGCGGUGUGACGAGAUCCUGCACGUCCUUGACACCAUGUACCAGGGGAAGUGUGAGUGGUUUUGUGCCCGAGUGCACCCCGUCACCAACAAAGAUGAGGAAACGGGGACGGUCCCCAAUUAUAGCAGAGCCCAGCAGCUGCUCUUAGUAAAACUCCAGCGACUUAUGAACAAAGGAAGCAAAGAAGAAGCAGACAGUGGCUAUGGGAUGGCACGGACUAUGCUGCAGCCAGACGAACUCACAUCCCCCAGUGACUCCAAAAGCAGCCCUCGCCUCUCCCGAGCCAGUUUCCUUUUGGGCCAGAUCUUGCAGUUUGUCAGCAGGUCCGAAAACAAAUACAAGCGCAUGAACAGCAAUGAACGGGUCCGCAUCGUCACUUCAAAAGACACCCGGGUCAGAUCGGAAGUGCAUCCAGUGACGAAGGCCCUGCUUGAAAGAUUUGAAGAGUUUGAUUCCAUGACUGAGAUCAACAAGAGCUUCAGCCUGAUCCCGUAUAGCUUAGUGAAACCUACCCACUGUGAUUGCCGGCGCCCGGUCCUGUUCAGCCCCACGAUGCUCGCCAAGACCUUGAUUCAGAAGCUUCUCAACUCUGGAGGAGCCCUGGAAUUCAACUUGUGCAAACCUGAUAUUAUAACCAAGGAAGAGUUCUUCAGGAGGCGCUUGACAGAAACAAUAAUCUAUUCGCGAGAAAAGAAUCCGCACACUUACGAAUGUAUUUUUCCAGCAAAUAUUGGAGCCGUUGCUGCUAAGAACAAACACUGCCUGCUUGAAGUUGGCGUCAGCUGCACAAAAGAUUUAAUCAAAGCCAAGAUAUAUCCCAUUGUUCUCUUUAUUAAAGUCUUGGAAAAAAAUAUCAAGAAGUUCAGAAAGCUGCUUCCGAAACCAGAUGUGGAGGAUGAGUUAUUACGGACAUGUCGUCAGAACGAGAAAGAACUGGAGGGCUUGCCCUGCCUUUAUGCCUCGCUGGAGGCUGAUUCAUGGAGCAGCAUCGAAGAUCUCCUCCGGAUCAUCAAGGAUAAAGUUUGGGAAGAGCAGCAGAAAACCAUCUGGGUUGAUGAAGAGCAGUUGUGAAUCGCAGAUCCUGCUGGUGACACGGGAUCCUGCUGGCAACUCAACGAAG